AUCUUAAAAUCCGCUUUUUCUUCUAGGUUAUUUUUACGCUAAGUUUAAAAAACCAAAAGGAGAAACGACUUUGCUGUGAAGCCGGGAAGGGUCAGAGAACUUCCAGCACGUAUAUACUGUUUGUUGCUUUCACCGGAAAACAUGAAUUCAACAAGCCCAGAAACGAGCGUAACUGGUGGAUACAGCAUAACUAAAGAAAUAGUUGCGGAACCAUCGGAAGAGAUGCUUUUGGAUUGUCCACCAGAUGCUUCAGUGUUUAUUCCUAUCUUAUAUCUUGCCAUUGCUGUUAUAGGACUCAUGGCAAACGCGCUUGUUAUUUACAUCAUCUUAAUACUUAAAGAAUACAAGAAGACAGUAACAAACGUUUAUGUUGUUCAACUUGCCAUCGCCGACUUUAUGUUUCUUUUCAUCCUUCCAUUCGAAGCAGCAACUAAGCUAAACGGAGAGUGGAUAUACGGGACAGCUUGGUGUAAAAUUACAGAAAGCAUAAGAAUGCUCAACUACUACACAUCCAUACUUUUCCUAACCAUGAUGUCGGUGGAUCGCUACAUGGCAAUCAACCAUGCGAUGAGUAGCAAGGCAGCGAAGUUCCGAAACACAAUGGCGGUUGGUCUCAUUAGUGCCACCAUCUGGUUCAUUGGAUUCCUCAGCGUUAUUUUCAUACUGAUUCAGGCAAAAGUGCAGGACUGCAAGUGUAAUAUUGAAUUUUCACAACCGAUGGAGACAGAUUAUAGUUACGCGGGAGAAUCCGGGAGUGGCGGGCAUGAUGAGUAUUAUGAUCACGACACCGCGGGCCAAACGGAAUCGGCCGAAGAUAUCGUACCGUUUGAUUUGGACAGUUACAUGAACAAUAUAAAAGGAUGGUGCAGUUACAAAUCCCACAAAGAGCUCAUAGUUUGGUUUGUUUGCAACUUCUUCCUUGCCUUCGUUCUACCCUUGAUAAUCAUCAUAUUAUGCUACGUUCAAAUAAUUAGACGAAUCUCACAACCAAUGGCGAUCGGCAAGAAGUCGCAAAAAUCUAAUCAAACACGCAAGCGAGUCACUCGCAUGGUAACUGCACUAGUGUCGGUGUUUAUAAUAUGUUGGUUGCCUUACCAUGCGUUCAAUAUGGCUCGUGCCAAUGACAGCCAGUUGACCAAGAAUGUGUGCAUGGCAGUCCACCAUUUUACUUUAGUGCUGGCUUAUUCUGGAAGCAUGUUGAAUCCAUUUCUGUACACAUUCCUUGGCACAAACUUUCGCAAAAGGUGGCACUCUGCGAUCACCAGAACACGUUCGUUUAGACCAAGUCUAGGCAGCAGGAGCGGAGCAGAGUACACACAUGGAUCUGGACGAAAAUCAAGACGAAAGUCUUCUGGUGUAUCUCUCAAUGGUCAGAAAACCAAAGAUGACAACAUAAGUUUAUCAAAUGUAACGAAGCAUACAGUAGUUCCAACCAACCAUGUUGUACGGCAGGAAGACCAAGUCUAAUUGUUGCCUGGCUGUAUACUAGAUACACUGUUUAGCCUGCUGUAGAGAUUUUGUUGCCGAUUUGUUUGGCUGCGUUAACAAUUGUACAGACUUUCAUCACUAGUAUUUUUGCGUGUAAAUAAAGACCUUUUAAAUUUCAAA